AUGGUGUUCAAUCAUGUUACGAUGCAAACUUCAAUUCUUGAUAUUCGUAAUCUCAAGAAACUACUAUCACUCUCUAAUCAGGUAAGUUCCGAAUCCCCCCUUUAUGAUCAUCAUCACAAUUCGGUUUCAUCUUCAUCAGCAUUGUCGUCGUCGUCAGUUAUCGACAGGAAUGUUAUAACCGCUUCGAAUUAUCUAAAUUUUGCUAAUGAUCCAGGAGGUUUACAGAUUGAACAGUCUUGUAAUGGUCUUUUGUUGUGUAGUACUUUUGGGAUAUGCAGUAACAUAGCAGAAUUUGCUCGAAACUAUUAUGUUUACAAUCCAACCACAGGACGGUAUACCAUCUUACCGAGUUCUGAAUAUAGAAAGCCUGGCUACGGGUCAUGUUUCAGUGUUAGUUUAGCUUUCAAUCCAUUUAGAACACCUCAUUACAAGGUUGUUUGCGUUUCGGAGAGUGACAAAGCAGAUGAAUGUCAGAUUGAAAUCUACUACUCCGAAACAUGUACAUGGAGGCUGGUUGGAUAUUCAUGUAGUUUAACCAAUAUCUAUGGUUGUGGUGUGUACUGGAAUGGUUUGUUGAAUUGGCAUAACGUCCAUGACUCUUUGGUUUAUUUCGAUAUUGAUAGAGAAUUAAUUGGAGUAGUGCAGAUGCCAGAUAGAACAACGGUUAAGAAUAGUUUGUAUUUCGGUGCGUGCAAGGGUCGUUUGUAUUAUGUUGAAACUGAUUGCACUGGAUGGGCUAAUGUUUCGAGUCUCAAUAUCUUUGAGAUGAAGACUGAUUGCACCGGCUGGAAUGUAAUAUACCAUGUCGAUAUCUGGAAAUUAAGAGUGCUGUUAUAUCUUCAGGAAAUUGGAUAUAGCAAUUUUGGAAAUGAUGAGUUAAAAGUGUUAUUAGUUGAUGGUGAAGAAGGAGAAGAGGAUGAAGAAGAAGAUUCGCCAAAGCUGGUUUUCCAAGUAAGGGAUAAGGUUAUAUCUUACGAUCUUAAAGAGAGUAGCCUCAACAAAGUUUAUGACAUAGAACCAGUCUUUAUCCGUCGGUAUUGGCAACAGUGCAGAAUUUUCCAUGCUUAUCAAUAUAUCAAUUCAUUGGCUUCUGCGUGA